AGAUCUGGAGGUUGUUGGGCGCAACUAGUUGGGCCCAACUAACCCAGAUCUGUAUAAUCCAUCCACCCUGUUUUGUUCAAAGAUUUUUAGUGUUUUUAUUUGUUUUAGCUAAAAAUUCAGAUUUUUGUUGAUAUGGGUGUCUGUAUCUAGACUCAUCUCCCAUUUUUUUUUUUCUUGGGAUUUCCAGGUGUCAGGCCAUAUCAGAUCUGAACACCCCCACCAUCACUUCAUUGGCCCUUGUUCUUUUCAUGGAUUCAUGCAAAGCAACCACAAUUUUGUUAUUUCUCUUGUGAGAAUCCUCUCAUUGAAUGACAGCUGUUUAGGCUGUCUGUAGUCUUGUCUGGCAACAAGAGAGAGAGAAUUCUACUGUUUUCAAUUGGAUUCUUAAUUGGUUUAUUAGGUGACAUCUUACCAAAGUGAAUUUGUUCUUUGCAGAGUGUUGGCAGAUAAGUACCCCUUAUUUUUCUGGUAAAAAAAAAAUGCCCUUUAUUUGAUUCUUAAUUAGACUUUUGAGGAGGAGGCCCGCUGGUUGGGUUUGGUGGGCUUUCUCACAACCAAUAAGAACCCAUAUUUUCAAUUUUCAUGUGUAUAUAUACUUAUAUAUGUUCUCUUUUUGAGGAUCCCAUUUUGGCUAUUUUUCUUGAUUUUUAUGGUGGGGUGUUACUGAGAUUGGAGAAGAGGAGAAGAAGACAAUUGGGUCUUCUCUUUUUCUUUUUACCAUUGCUUUUUCCACAAUUGGUUCCAUCAUUUGAACUUCUUCUACUUUAUCUAUCAUUUAUGCCAAACUUGAAUUUGACCCGUCAAUAGAAUUCCCCAUUUCUAAAUGUUACUUUAUUUCUUGAUCACUUGUUGUUUCUCCUUCUUCUUUUUAAAGUCCCUCCCUCUCAAGCCACUGCGUUCAUGGGCAAGUGAAGUGGGAUUGUUGUUUCUUUGGUUCUGGAAAGAAUUGUUAUUGUUUCCUUAUUUUGGGUCCCUGAGAAAUACACUUUUCAGAGCUUCUUAUCUCGGUAGAAUUCCUUCUAAAAUCUCCAUGAAGAAAAUGGCCUUGACUUCAAAUGGAAAGCUAGAAAAAUCUGUGGAUGAGACUGCAGGGAUGUCAGUUUUGGACUUGCCAGAACUGGCCUUGGAAUGCAUUCUUGAGAGGCUACCACCUGCUGGGCUUUGUAGCAUGGCAGGUGUUUGUACUUCGUUGAGGGAAAGGUGUAUUAGUGACCACCUAUGGGAAAGGCACAUGAAGCAAAAAUGGGGUAGAAUUAUUGGUCGUGCUGCUUACAGGAAGUGGCAAUUUCAUAGAGCUUCAAGCAAGAAUUUUGGCUGUUGCAAACAAGGCAACCAAAAAGGGUUAAUGAAGCUUCUAUCUAUAGUUUGGCCAAUUUCCUGGAUGAAAUCAAAGGAUACUAAUAACAAUAAUAUUAUCAAGCAUAGCAGUUCUUUGCCUGUUGAUUCUAUCAUGUCCUGGUACCUUGCUCUUGAGACUGGCAGGUUCUGGUUCCCAGCUCAGGUCUAUAACCGUGAGAAUGGGCAUGUUGGGUUCAUGUUAUCUUGCUAUGAUGCUGAGCUUUGCUAUGAUCCCCAGACUGACACAUUUCAAGCCAGGUACCCGCCACAUGGAAGGAGAGCAGUUGCCAUGGAAAUUGGUGUGCAAUGGGAAAGGCUUAGAGCACCACCUGUUGAUACUUCUCCACAUGAUCUGCACAUCUCUGAUUGCUUGAAUGAUUUACACCCCGGUGAUUACAUUGAGAUUCAGUGGAGAAGAAACAAAGAGUUCCCUUAUGGUUGGUGGUAUGGUGUUGUAGGUCACUUGGAGUCAUGUGAUGGGAAUGAAAAUUAUUGCCGGUGUCAUGAUAGUGACACUGUAGUUUUGGAGUUCCAUCAGUACACUCGCGGCUCGCGGUGGAGAUGUACAAUUAUCAACAGGAAUUACCAUAGAGAGGAGGGGAAUGAAGCAGAUGGAUUUUAUGGAGGAAUCAGAAAGCUAAAGAGCAAUGAAGAAAUUUCCAGGUGGCAGCAGCUUUGGCCAACUGAAGUCUUGGAAUAGGACUUCUACAAGCUAAAGUUUGAACACAGUUAAUUAGUUACCGUGAUGGUUUUAAUCCCAGAAGCCUCUACUUCUUCCACUCGAGAUUGAAGAUUUUCAAUUUAAACUUUUGUGAAAGCAACUUGUAAAAGUUGAAAAAUAGGCUUCUGAAUCCGCUGCAUAAAUGUGGAGGUCAUGUUCAUCUCUUAUUUUCCUUGUUUUCUUUCAUUUUUUUUUUCGAGGCAGGAUUUCGUGGCCAUUUCAUGUCAUCCUGAUCUGUGGAAAAUGUAACCCAUUAAUGCAAAUUUUUAAUGUAUAAUAUUCACCACAUGUUUGAGAUAUAUAUAAAAAUUUCACAAGGCAAAAGUUUUACAGUA